AUCUUGCCACUUAACAUUCAGACGUUGGCUCUGGAACCCUUUUUGUGAUACAUUGUUGCAAAAUUACUAGUUAAUGUAAAGUAGGGGUAACGUGGGCAGUUGAUUGGCGACACUGUAAAACGGGUUUUCACUAAACCUGCAUUGCAGCAUCUUCAAACUGAAGUUACAGAAUUUAUUCUUGAACGAAAAUGUUGUUUAAAGUGGUGAAAUGCCCCUCAGAUGAGCUGUCAUUGACAAAUUGUGCUGUCGUGAAUGACGCCGACUUUUCACAAUCUACAGAGCAUAUUGAAGUCAUCACAGGAGGAGUGAAAAAGUUCAUUUUUUCCAUUAAGAAAGACCCGAGAGUUCACAGGAAUGAGGUUGCGUUCAGUGUACCACAGAGAAAAUGGGCCACCUUGUCCAUUAAUGAUGACAUUGAAGUUAAUCCUUACAAGGAAGAAGAUUACAUAACUUCGAUUGUCCUGGAGGCUGAUUACAUGCAAAAGAAAACAACAUCGCAAGAGCAAUAUGACACAGAUGAAAUGGCUAAAGAAUUUAUUUACUCGUUUCCAAAUCAGAUGUUUACUGUUGGUCAACAACUGGCUUUCCUCUUUAAAGACAAAAAGAUACUUAGCCUGCUCGUCAAGGACAUUGAAGUGGUCAACAUCAACACCCUCAAGCAGGGAGGCGAGGCCAAGCCCAAAAAAGGUAAACUGGGAAAAUUGACACCCAACACUGUCAUACAGUUUGAAAAGGCCGAAACUUCGGCCCUUAAUUUAGUAGGCAAAGCCAAAGGCAAAAUUGUGCGUCAGUCGAUAAUUAACCCUGAUUGGGACUUCCAAAAAAUGGGAAUUGGCGGUUUGGGCAAGGAAUUUAACGCUAUAUUCAGAAGAGCUUUUGCGUCAAGAGUUUUCCCGCCAGAGAUUGUGGAGCAACUGGGCUGCAAACACGUCAAAGGUAUUCUUCUCUAUGGCCCUCCAGGAACUGGUAAAACUUUGAUGGCGCGACAAAUUGGAAAAAUGUUAAAUGCCAGAGAGCCGAAAAUAGUCAACGGGCCCCAAAUUCUAGAUAAAUAUGUGGGCGAGUCUGAGGCUAAUAUCAGAAGAUUGUUUGCAGAAGCUGAAGAAGAAGAAAAAAGAGCCGGGCCAAACAGUGGUUUGCACAUCAUUAUCUUUGAUGAAAUCGACGCGAUUUGUAAGCAAAGAGGAUCUGUUGCUGGUAACACAGGUGUUCACGAUACGGUCGUGAACCAAUUGUUGUCAAAAAUCGAUGGAGUGGAGCAACUUAACAAUAUUCUUGUCAUAGGGAUGACAAACAGACGCGAUAUGAUUGAUGAAGCUUUGCUCAGACCUGGUAGAUUGGAAGUACAGGUCGAGAUAAGUUUGCCAAAUGAGGAUGGACGAUUCGAGAUUUUGAAUAUUCAUACGAGCAGAAUGAGGCAGUAUAAGAAAAUCAGUUCUGAUGUUGACACAAGGGAACUGGCAACGUUAACUAAAAACUUCUCCGGCGCCGAACUUGAAGGUUUAGUCAGAGCAGCCCAAUCCACAGCCAUGAACCGCUUGAUCAAAGCUUCCAAUAAAGUCGAAGUAGAUCCAGAAGCAAUUAGUAAAUUAUUAGUAACACGUGGCGACUUUUUAAAUGCUUUAGAAAACGACAUCAAACCAGCUUUCGGCACAGCUUUAGAAAUUUUAGAACAGUUCUUAGCACGUGGAAUUACUGUAUGGGGCAGCCCAGUCAGUAGCAUUCUAGAAGAUGGUCGGUUAUUUAUCCAGCAAGCUAAAGCCACCGACACCUCAGGUUUGGUGUCCGUUUUGAUCGAGGGUCCACCGAACGCUGGCAAAACCGCUUUAGCCGCGCAGCUUGCCAAAGAAUCCGAUUUUCCCUUCGUUAAAGUGUGCUCACCUGAAGAAAUGGUGGGUUAUACUGAAACUGCCAAAUGCUUACAUAUCAGAAAAGUGUUUGAUGAUGCUUACCGCUCAACACUGAGUUGCAUUCUAGUCGAUAAUAUUGAACGAUUAUUAGAUUACGGACCGAUUGGUCCCCGAUAUUCCAAUUUAACAUUACAGGCGCUUUUAGUAUUGUUAAAGAAACAGCCACCGCCUGGAAAAAAAUUGUUGAUUUUGUGUACAACUAGUCGAAGGCAAGUUUUAGAAGAUAUGGAAAUGUUAUCCGCCUUCACUGCUGUUUUACAUUUGCCAAAUCUUUCAAAAGCCGAUCAGUUACUCACAGUUCUUGAGAAUUCCGAAGUUUUUAGUCAACAAGAAUUGAAGAAGAUCAGCCAACAAGUGCACGGCAAACGCAUUUUCAUUGGGAUAAAGAAACUCCUGGCUCUGAUUGACAUGGCCCGUCAGACCGACGAAAAGUUCCGAGUGAUGAAAUUGAUCACAAAAUUGGAGGAGGACGGUGCACUGGAAGAUCCCGGGAUGGCCUAAUAUACCAAAUACAUGAUUUUACAGAUAUAAGGUUAUGAUAAUCGUGCACAUUCCACACAUUUAGCAAUAUCUUGAUCAAUAGAGUCAAUUGUUAUUCCCGGAGGAAAACAUCCUAAAUUAUAGUGCAAUUAAUUAAUUGAUUUUUCUAUUUUUGCGUCCAUUGUUCAUAAUUUGAAGCUUUUUUUGAAGAUUGUUAUUGUUGGUUGAUAGUUGUUUUUGUAACUUCCAAAGUUUUUUAAUCAGUGUUAGUGUCUAGAAAGUUUAGCCAACACUUGAAUGGUAUCACAGUUAGUUACACUGAAAUUCUUUGUUUGGUAAGUGUCUAGUAAAUAUGUGUGUAUUAUAGAAAUUAAUUACUUCUUAUGUGGUCUAUACUGUAUCUGCUUAGCUUGUAUUCGAAGUCAAUAAUGUUAAAAAUAGAGUUAAACUUUUUUGAGAUCUCGUGUGACUGUUUGAUAGAGGAUUGUUGACGAAAAAGGUUCAAAUUAUUUUGUUUGUAGGUCGUAGUCCCAUUCCUAACAUAGCAGACUAUAACUGUUAAAGAUAUUGAAUAUUAUAUGUAUAUACAGGAUGUUUCAGCUUUAGAAUAGAUGUAUUCAACCAUCUACCUCAUCCGUGAGUAAAACUGGAUGACUACAAACCUGUUUCAUACUGUUUUAAGACACCAAGUUAGAAUUGUUGUGUUACACAUUGUUAAAAUGUAUGAAACUUGGAUAGUGUUAAGAAAAAAAUGAAGCAUCCUAUAUAGCAUUGUUGUCAAUAAUGAUGUAUAAUGAAUUUAUUUAUUAAUAUAAAGUCAGCCAUGAA